AUGUACGAGCAAGUGAGAUUCUGUCGGAUCUCUAUUGGCGCGCACCUCACACGUCUCGCGAUAAACUGUCGCAGUCUUCCCAUUUACAAAGGGUCCCCGAACAGGAUAACUCGGAUCAUCAUUGAGCCGUGUCGUUGGAAGUCGCUAGACUUGAUAGGGUUUAGAGACACACAAGAUUCACACUUGGAAGGGUCAUAUGGCCAUGGAAUUAUGGAUUAUUGCAAGUUUUUCCGAUCUACCGGUUUCAAUACUAUAUUUGAAGCGACUGAUAAUGUUCGACGGUCUACAAGAGUGCACCAGAACGGUUGUCUAUAUUGUCUACGUUGCAUGAAACCAGGUGAUUACUAUUUUACCACCAACGACUUCCACGAAUUUGAAAGCUGCCGCAAACGCUACACAAAAGCAGAUCGCGACUUUGAACAACAAGAAGGUUUCCCAAACUUACGGUUUGUCGAAGAAAUUUUUACUCUGGGUCUUCCGCGAAACGAAUCGUGCAUCAAUACAUUCCUAAGCAUUCAAGCAAACGAGUUUGUUUGA